CUAAUUAUACCCCAAGUUAUCCGGCCCCGGCCUUGAGCACUGAUAAGCCCCGUGAAUUAACGCAGUUUGGAAACAUUAGUUAGCAGGACUAACUGCGGGGGCUCUGCGCCUUUAAGAGGCGGCCCGAGGUCAUGUGACCGGCGCGGCGGCUGCAGGAGCGAGACUCGGAGCACAAAGGGGAGAGGUUCUCUGCCGGGCGACUGCUGGCCCAACGGGACUGAGUGGGCGGGCAUGGUAAUGCAGACUCGUCCGUCUCUGUUUAUCCGUUGUCAGAUUGCUCAGAUGCAGGACGAAGGGACGAGGGUCCCGUCCGGUAGCCCCGCCGAGCCCGGACCAGCUGUUGGGCAGAGGAGGACUUUCGCGACCGCUUACUCGGACUCGGAUAGCGAAAGCGAGCAGGAGCCGACGAGGAAGAAGCUGGCCCCUGACCUGGCGGCUCCGGCCCCUUCCUCCAUCAACAUCCUCGCCCAGCUGGAGCUGUCCCUGCAGCGGGAGCAGGCAGAGCACACGGACCCCCAGGUGGCAGGUGCGGAGCGGGGCGACAGUGACUGGGGGGAGGACGAGGCUCUGCAGCAGCGCUCCAAGGAGGACCUCAUCGCCGAGAUCAAGGCUCUGCGCGCCCAGCUGGCCCAGUCGGCCUGCGAGACCCGCCGCCUGCGGCAGUGCCUGACCGUGUUCCGAGUUCUCCCGAAAGCAGUGAGGAACUUCACUCGCCUCGUUGACAGGGCAGAGUCCCUCCUGCAGGCCCCAGGGCCAGGGGGAUUGGAUCAGCCCUCUGGGGACCCCAGCACCCUGGGAGACGCCCCGAUGUACCCCAGCCCCAGUUCCCUGUCCAGUGCCAGCGCUAGUUCCUCCAGCUCCCCUCUCAGCACUCCGGGCAGCCCCUCCGCGCACAACAGGAAAUGGGAAAACCCUUCCGACUGGAACCCUGCGCAGCUCGCUCCGUUCUCCCAGAUCAAGAUAGAAAAGUGGCAGAUCGAGCGCUUCAACAAGUCAACCCCUCAGAAGUUUGUGAAUGACCUGAUGCAGUCUCUCUAUACCACGGAGUUCAUGGCCACGCACAGCGUGACCGGCGCCCGCUCCUCCUCCUCCAAGUACCGCGAGACCAAGCCGGCCAUGGACCGCGCGGAGGUGCAGGCCAUACUGGACGUCACAAAGCACUUCUUCCCAGACAUGACGGAUACUCUGAUCAGGAGAAUGAUGGGACAGAAACUGAACAACUGCACCAAGAAGUUUGCAGCAAGUAAAGUCAAGACGGAACUCUACCCUUUAAUUAAUUACCCAGUUAGCCAGAUAAUUAAAUAGUUAAUGGUUUAAUUAGACGGUUUUGUCUCCAAGUGUGUGCUGGCAGGAAGUGACGCACAGAAACUUUGGAACUUAGAUGUUAUGUCUUUUUCCUCAGUUAGAAUAUGUUGUUUCUGAGAGCAGGCGACUAAACCAUGGCGCAACACUUCAGUUGUGUUGUAGGUCCCCCGGUCUGUAAAGCAGCCUGUUACUAGCCCUGUCCUGCAGGAUCCCCACCUGUACUGCCCUAGGGGUGGAGUGAAGGUGUGAUACUGUCUCACACUGUCCAGUCAGCCCAGCCUACCUCCUCCCUGGAUGACUGCAGACUUCAUUCCAACGCCUGGAAGAGGCAUGAAGCACUUACAUUGAGAUCUGCAGUACAGUUGGAAACUGUGCAUUGUUGGAGCUGGAAAGACAGGCUGUUAACUUUUCCCAUUACACAGGUCUGCAGAGUAGAUUAACACAUGCUGGUCAGUAGAGGAGGCACGUUGGCUGAGGUGUGACGACAACCGGACUGCGCCAUGGAGAGCUGAUGGACUGUGGGGAUGCUGGGAAGACGUGGCGAGCACUGACGUUAUGCCACAGUGAUGCUUGGACUGCUCGGACGCACAGAGGGUCCAGCUGGACAUGGGACUGGGGGGAGGACUUCCUUACUCCAGUUCUAGUGCUGUGGCACAACAGAGCUCCAGGGUCUGGGUUCUGUUGUGUCCAAAGCCCUUGAUAAUUGUAUUGAAUUAUUGGGCUAAAUCACCAGCAGGUCACAGGUAGAGCAAUUAUAAACCCUGGAAAGGGUUAAACCAGGAUAGAUGAGAAGGCCCAGGGCCUGAUCCAGGAUCUAGCGGACCUGAAUCGUUUAAUGGCUGAGUCAAUUCAGAUGCAUGCAAUGAUUGGGGCUUUCCAAGAGCAGGCUGGAGUUCAGUGUACACAGCUCGGGGCCUGCUGGCCUGGUGCUGCAGUGCCACCGAUACGCCAGUACAAAGCAAAGGGAGAGAUGGAAGAAACAGCUUUGUAGCAUUCUGAUGUUUAGUGUCAGAGAUUGACCUGGUUAAAAUGGAGCUGUGGAUGUAAACUAACUAGAAGUUACUGUGAGUGUACAAAAUAUUUAGAUGGUUUUUUGCUUGAAACUGUGGUUAAUAAUUAAAAUGCUUCCCAUUUUUCAGUAUG